UCAACAACUGUGUGGGGCACUUUAACCACCGUUAUUUCUAUAUGUAUAUGGUAUAUAUGACAUUGGGGACAAUUUUCAUCAUAACACUUGGUUUUGAAAUAGCAUACAGUGAGAUAUGGCUAGGUGGAGAAAUGGAUGUAGGAUUAAGUGAUGCCCUGGAUUUGGUGACGAAUGACAGUACCCCCCAAGAAGAGGAUGAGUUAGAAGGCUACCCAGUAAUGAUCAACGGCACUCACAUGAUGCCUGUGUAUGGUGGUACAGUUGGCAGUCCAGUUCUUCUUGAGCCACCUGAAGAAGAAAUGGAUAUCGAAGGAAGAAACUAUUGGUAUCGAUUUUCCAUCAUGUACUCCAGAAUGUUAACCACAGGUGCAUUUUUCUGCCUUGGUGGAGUGUCCACUUGGCAUGGAAGACUAAUAUCAAGAGGAGAGACUAACAUUGAAGCUGACAUCAACCAAAGGGAGACUGAAAGAUUAGCAAAAAUCAAUCAAGCCUAGUGACUGUUUGUAUGACAUCACGGGAUGCAGCAUGAGUGCGUGGGACAUGCUCCCUCAGCCUCAGUUCUUCACACACAGGCCUACAGGCAACACACGGCAGGUUGGGCUCCCUUUCUCACACUCUGCAAUAUAGUGUUACCAUCCAACAAGUGUGUUUAUCUUCAACCUUCAUAUCUCCUUCGAACCCCCACG